GUAUGUGCCUUUUGGCAUCAUGUUCUUGGUUGGCAGUAAGAUUGUGGAGAUGGAAGAUGUGGUUCUGCUGGUCACUAGUCUGGGGAAGUACAUUUUUGCCUCAAUUCUGGGCCACAUCAUCCAUGGUGGCAUCGUCUUACCUCUUAUCUACUUUGGGUUCACUCGUGCAAACCCCUUCAGUUUCCUGUCUGGCCUCAUUACACCUUUCACCACCGCCUUUGCUACCUGCUCCAGCUCAGCGACACUGCCUACCAUGAUGAAGUGUGUGGAGGAGAACAACGGUGUCGACAAACGAAUCAGUCGGUUCAUUUUACCGAUUGGAGCCACUGUCAACAUGGACGGAGCAGCCAUUUUCCAGUGCGUUGCGGCUGUGUUUAUUGCCCAGCUCAACAACGUUGAACUCAACGCAGGCCAGAUCUUCACAAUCCUGGUGACAGCCACUGCCUCCAGUGUGGGAGCAGCAGGUAUUCCAGCUGGAGGCAUCAUCACCAUCGCUAUCAUUCUGGAGGCCAUAGGUCUGCCCACCCAUGACCUGUCACUCAUGUUGGCUGUGGACUGGAUUGUAGACCGAACCACUACUGUUGUGAACGUGGAGGGGGAUGCACUCGGUGCUGGCAUUCUUCACCACAUCAAUGA